AGGGGAGAAGAGAGAGAGGAGAGGUGUGAGAGAGCGAAAGAGCUGCUGGCACUCAGACAGAGAGGAGAGGUGGGCGCUUGUUUUCCCCCUGUACUUCCAUCCUGCCUCGACUACAAGGAGUAUUUAGUGUGCCGACGCUAACCCAGAUAGCAGACGCAACACAGCUCAGAGCCAGCUGAGGACCUGACAGAACACAGGCAUGAACGACAUCAAGCUGGCCUUGCUGGGGAGCCAGGGGGCUGGAAAAUCAGCUGUCCUUGUGCGGUUCCUGACCAGACGCUUCAUCGGUGAAUAUGCCUCAAACACCAACUCCCUGUACCAUAAAAGGCUGUCAAUCGAUGGCAGGCAGCUGAACCUGGAAGUUUUUGACCCCUGCUCUGAGAGCUCAGAGGCCAGGUGUAUACUGGAGGAGCCGGUGGACUGGGCAGAUGGCUUUGUGGUGGUGUACAACAUCAGUGACCACACUUCUUUCAUCAAUGCCAAAAACAUCCUGCAGCAGAUUCGGGAGGCACGCACGGACAACUGCAAAGGGGAGGUGGAUGUUCCCGUCUGUCUGGUGGGUAACAAGCAGGACCUUUGCCACGUCCGGCAGGUGCGUGAGGACGAGGGCCGCUGCCUGGCUCAGGAGAACCGCUGUCACUUCCAGGAAGUCUCAGCAGCCGAGAGCUACCAGGACAUCGCCAACCUCUUCACACAACUCAUCCGGCAGGUGAUGGAGCACCUGAAGUACAGGGCUGACCGACGGCGCUACAGCGGCUCCAAGUCUAUGGCCAAGCUCAUCAACAAUGUGUUUGGCAAGAGGAGGAAGUCGGUCUGAAGAGCCCAGUGAAGCCAGCAGCUUAUCGGUUGGAUGGACUGGGAUGGUGUUUUUGAAAUGGACCCAUAUUAAAGGGAAAGAGCCAGGAUGUUACAUGCUGGGUCAGAAAGCUGUUGAGUUUAUAGACAGUCGUGUGAAUUCUUGUUCACACUGUGAGCAACAUGGAUGGCUGGUGGAAGGUCGGAUGUUGUGUAUGUUACGGUAACAAGCUCAUUUACAUGCAAAUAUUUGCCUUAUAUACGACAAGUUUUGUACUUUGGUUGCACUGGUUUUCAACUUGGCUCUGUGUUAUAGGACAGCUAAACAGCUAAGACACUUAUAGAAUGGAAGUAGGUGGUUGUCCUUAAGGCAAAGCAGAGGGGUGUGCUACAAUGCAACAAGAAUGGGUUAGUGUGGUGUGCACUUUUUAAGUAUCAUGUUUAAAUAUAAGAAGCUUAGACUUUCAGAGCUCUGAUGUGCAUAUCUAAAUAUGUUAACUUAUCCAAUUAACAGGUUUUUAGUAGCAUUCUGCUUCUGCAUCAUUUGCAGCUCCAUUUACAGUAAUAAAUCCAUUAUCACAACCUGUUACUCUUAACUGAAGUAGACAGCACAGAGUUGGUCCAUUUAAAAUCAAAUGACACAUCAAAUGCCUGGUUUUAUGGAAACGCCCACAGAGCCUAUAUGUAGAGAACCAGAAUUAUUCAAGAAAGAUGAUAACUACCAUCAUGAUACCAAUUAUCUCUGCUUUGGGUUUUGGCUUUGCUCAACCAGCUUACACAAAGAAAGCCUGGCUUUGUAAACUUGCUCAUAGUACACCCCUCAGGCUGUUCAUGACUUAGGCCGGAGUUUCUCGAAUAUGAAAGCGUAAAAAACACAUUUGCUGUGUAGAAUUUUGCUUUAAUUCAACUCAGUCAGUUCUCCCGAUCAACCAAUAUUCUGGAUAAUUAGGCCUUAGGAUGUCAAUGUGAGUCUGUACUUGACCACACAUUUUUUUAAAAAAUAAGACUAAUCAGGCAGAGAAAAUGAAAACACUUACGUAGUUGUAUCAUAGAUGUGGAGGGCCUGUUAUUAAACAAUCAGAAGUUCUCAUAUAUGGUACUUAUAGCUGUCUUCAGUCAGAUUCAGGAGAACUUUGCAUGAAUAUGCUUUGAAACUAUCAAAGUUAGGAUCUAGAUCAAUGGACAGACCAACUACACCAGACUAAAAACAAUCCAGUGCCAGCUGUCAAUACUUCAAAGGUUGUGAGGCUAUUUUCCAAACAUAAUGUCUGGCCGGUUUAUUGCUGUAAUCUGGUUUUUAAGAAACUAGGAAGCUUUGAUUAGCCGUAAUCAACGUAUCCUCCAUCUUUCACUCAUCAGACAGUUCAUCUGUUCAUCUUGAAGUAAUAUCAGACCAUAGCAACCUGCAAGACUGAUUAGCUGUUGAUUAGUCAGUGACAGUGAAAUGUUCGAGUCUUUCCAACUUUUCUCAAACCAAAUAUUUAUUGAACAUUCAGCACCGCAGUCUCUUUUAUCAGUGCGCUCACAGCGUGUUACUGUGUUACUGCCAACUCUGCAGCAUGCUGAGUGAAAAGAUCAACUUAAUAUAUGUAGUCUUGAAGACACCACAUUCAGACUCAAUGCAUCGCUUCAUUCUGUUAUUAAUUCAGUUUACUGCACCAUCACAUUGUAGCAUUCAGGACAGUAACAUUCUUCAGUGUUCAAGCAAUUUUACUGUUCAGCAGUUCUGCAGUAUUUUACAUGAGGGAAAAAGACAGUAUUGAUGCAUUUUAACAUUACGUGAAGUUUUUGCUAAAUAUUUUAUUGUGAUGCUAGUCUUUGGAAGCAUAUAUUUAAGUAAAAUUAGUGAACUGUUGAUCUAAUUUAAUUCCCCAGUGCAAAGAACGCAAGUAUCAUCUGCAACAAAACUGAAUAUGCGUAUGAUCAGUAUCACCAGAAUCCUAAAAUGAAUGCAUUUUUAUUUGUUGUUAGCCAAAGCCUAAGAAUGAUGCAGAUUAAUUGAAAAACUGUCAUGUUUGACCAAUUGAAAAGGGAGCAAGCCAUUGCUGAGGAAAUCUGUUGAUAUUUCAUCUGUAUUUUUGUCUGUGACCGGUGUUCCCUGACUUCACCAUUUCCUCCAGAAAAUGUGGUGCUAUGACCCAUAGGACAGUCCUGUGACUUCACACAAAUCCCACCUGUUGCUAGCUGGUUGCAAUAGUGUUGUGUGAAUUGGUUUAUUGCUCAUUUAAAAUCAUGAAUCUGUCAAACACUAGAUAUUUUCUGUCAGUGCACACACAGAAUGGACAGCUAGUAACUGUGAGGAGAUAUUUUUGGAAUCUGACAAAAAGUUGUUGGAUUAGAAUAGCUUACUUUACCUCUAAACUAUAAUCAAUGGUCCAUAUUCAAGAUUUGAAGUGAGCGCACCCUUCAUUGCUGAGAUUCCGCUCAGCUUUUUUGAUGACAGAUUGAAUCCUCCUUGCCAGGGAUGAUAACAGUGUAGCACAAAUCUGUGGAAAGAUGUUCUGCUAGUCUUCACUUCUUUUUAUUCUUUUGAUCUACCAUUCACUUCUGCUGGAUUCAGGUCAGGAAAAAUACUUGACCAUGUUAUAGUUUUUACUUUUUUUGGUUUGUUUUUGUGUAUCUACACUUGUUCUUUUCAUUUCCCCUUAACUAGCUUUAGGGUUGUUCUACAUCUACAACAAGAUUUGAUGCAUAAGUUUAUAAAGGUCAAGUCACAGCCUUUAAUGAGGUUAAAAGCUCUUUUAAGAUUGCUGCUUUUUCUUUGCAUUUGUCAAAAAAUCCCAAACUUCAAUAAUCAAAAGGCUGUUAUCCCUUUCCAUUCCCAAACUUUCAUCUUGCAGUUUUGUGCUACUUUGUGAGCAGUGGUUUUCUUCUCAGCUUCUGCCCAUAGGGGUGACUUCAUGCAAUGUUCCUCUUACUGCCUGAGCAGCCACUGAAACACCAGUCAUGCGUGGGCCACUAACCACUGCUGCAGCUGUGUGUCACCUUAUGUUUAGGACUGAUCCUCUUGUAAGAUCUGUCUGCUUCAGACAGUCUCCCAUUCUAGUAUCUCUUUUUACUUGUAACCCCUCAGUGUGUGGGGCCAUGUUGCAUUAGAAACUAUGAUAUGUAUACUCACUUUGUUGCACUGAGUUUGCACUUUGGGGCCUGUGUUUUUAAUUGCAAUCUGUCUAACCUGUUUGUUUUAAUACUGCACAAGAUCAAAUGCCUGAAUCUUUGACUUCAAAAUAAUCAGUUUAAAUCAUUAAAUACUGUAGCCAUAUUAAAAAAUAGGAAGUUAUUUUAAAUGUAACCCAUGACAACUAAAACAUACCACUACCACGUCCCAAUUAAGGGCAUGAACUCAUUCACUUCUAUACUGUUUUUCUUCUAAGAUCCAGUUAUGUCACCAUGAUGCUGUACAGAGAGAAUGUACAACACAUCAUGAAAAAUGUGUUCUCUCUCUCACACACACACACACACACACAGUGUUUUGUCGAUGAAUGUGCCGUUUGUAAAUACUCUAAAAACAUUGGUUGUUCCAGAGGAAAUUAAAGUUAAACAUUGCU